CAAUGGUAUGCACCAAUGGCACUGAAUACAGCGAAUGCGGUCCCCCUUGUCCCCCCACUUGCGAAGAUCAAGAGCCUACUUGUCAGCAAGAGAGAUGUGUGGAUGGAUGUCACUGUCCUGAAGGAAAAGUACUUGAGAACGGGCAGUGCAUAAUAAUCGAUCAGUGUCCAUGCCAUUACGGUGACAUCAUGUAUUCUCCAGGAGACACAAUGGAUCAAGACUGCAAUACAUGUGUUUGCCAAGAUGGGAACUGGCAGUGUACCGAUUCCGUAUGUCCUUCAACGUGCUCUGUUUCUGGACCUCAUUUUACCACCUUCGAUGGCCUUAUGUAUGACUACCAUGGUGAAUGUCCUCACUACCUUGUUGAAUCUGAUGACUUCCAUAUCCAGUUAGAUUACGGUACGAAUUGCAGAGAAGAUAUCUAUGUAAACGGGGUUUGUAUUAGAGGAAUCACCGUUCAUACUUCCAGAGGAGCUGUUGUUAAAAUAAAAUCAACUAUGGAAGUAACAGUUAAUGGACGUGAAAUGACAUCCCUUCCUGUUAUGGCACCAGGAGUUUACGUUGGAAGAGCUACUUCCUCUUAUAUGAAGGCACACUUGAAAAGUGGUUUAGAAAUACUCUGGGACCUAGAUUCUACUAUUCAUGUGUAUUCUCCUGUAGAACUAUUUGGUCAACUCCGUGGACUUUGUGGUACGUUUACUAAAAAUCAGCAAGAUGAAUUUUUGACCCCUGAAGGAGAUGUGGAAAAAACAGCAAAUGUCUUUGCAAGAAAGUGGAUGGUAGAAGAAUUGUGCCAAGACAUACCACAGGUUCCAGAUGUUACCGAAGAGGAGAGACCAUGUGAGAAAUAUCCCGGAAGAAGAGAAAUAGCAGCUAAAGUGUGUGAUUUUAUGAGAGGGCCGGAAUUUUCUGACUGUCAUCCACUGAUCGAUUAUACUCGUUAUUAUUCCAACUGCAUGGAAGACGUCUGCGACUGCGAAAUUGAGCCAGAAUUUUGUGCGUGCUUAUCUUUCUCCAAUUAUGCCGCAGCCUGUGCCAAGAAAGGAAAGCCUCUAUCAUGGAGACAAGCUUUCCCGCCAUGCGGAAUAUCUUGUCCAAUGGGCCAAAUGUAUCUCUCAUGUGCGAAUCCCUGUUCUUAUAGCUGCAGUGAAAUAGCGAAUAGCUAUGCUAACUGCAGAGAUAGUUGCGUAGAAGGAUGUAUGUGUCCACCAGGAGAAACACUAAAUGCUCAUGGGACAUGUGUUCCUGUGUCAACUUGCUCUUGCGUUCACAGUGGACAUGCUUAUCCACCAGAUUAUCUUCAACGAAGAGGAAAGGAAAUGUGCGCCUGUUCUCAAGGACACUGGGAUUGCCAUGAGGCAACAACUGCUGAUAUUCUUCUCACACCACCCCCUCAUGUGGCGCCAGAUUGUAACGUUUCUGCUGGAAUGGAACCCACAGAAUGUGUCACUGAAUGUCCACUCACAUGUUCAAACUACCAUCAUCACCAACAAUGCCCUAUGUCUGUUUGCGUCCCUGGUUGCAG